GGGCGGGCGCGGGCAGGGGCGCGGGUAUGGGUACUACCGCGCCGUCAUCUUCAGCGCCAUGUUCGGCGGCUACACUCUCUACUACUUCAACCGCAAGACCUUCUCUUUUGUCAUGCCCGCCGUCAUGGCCGAGGUGCCGCUGGGCAAGGACGAGCUGGGCCUCAUCACGAGCAGCCAGUCCGCAGCCUACGCUAUCAGCAAGUUCAUCAGCGGCGUGCUCUCUGACCAGCUGAGCGCCCGCUGGCUCUUCUCCUCUGGCCUCCUCAUGGUGGGCCUGGUCAACAUAGUCUUCUCCUGGAGCUCCACCGUGACGGCCUUCGCUGGGCUCUGGUUUCUCAAUGGUCUGGCACAGGGGCUGGGGUGGCCACCCUGCGGGAAGGUGCUGCGGAAAUGGUUUGAGCCUUCCCAGUUUGGGACUUGGUGGGCAAUCCUGUCUACAAGCAUGAACUUGGCUGGGGGCCUAGGCCCCAUUGUCGCUGCUCUCGUGGCUCUCCACUACGAUUGGCGUAUGACUUUGUCCUUCUCUGGCUUCAUCUGCGUGGUUGUCUCUUUUGUUUGCCUUGUCCUGAUUAAAAAUGAGCCGUCGGAUGUUGGGCUACCCAACAUUGAACAAGGAGCCAAGAAAGGGAAGAAAGGGUCCUCCAGCGACAACAGCACUCUGGCAGAGCUGCUGCUCUCGCCCUACCUCUGGGUGCUCUCGACAGGCUACCUGGUUGUUUUCGGGGUGAAAACGUGCUGUUCAGACUGGGGACAGCUCUUCCUGAUUCAGGAGAGGGGACAGUCUGUGCUCGUGGGUAGCUCCUACAUAAGUGCCUUGGAAAUAGGGGGUCUGGUGGGCAGCAUUGCUGCUGGGUACCUUUCUGACAGAGCAGUAGCAAAAGUGGGUCUGUCAACCUACGGGAACCCUCGGCACGCGCUGCUGCUUGCCAUGAUGGCAGGAAUGUGCGUCUCCAUGUUCCUGUUCCGGGUCACAGUGACGGCAGAGUCUCCUCAGGAAACUGAUGUCUGGAUCGUAGCCUUGCAACCUCUAGCUGAUGUUACAGGCCUAAAAGAACAGGAGCUGUGGAUAUUGCUUCUCGGAGCCGUGUUUGGCUUUUCCUCGUACGGCCCCAUCGCCCUCUUUGGAGUCAUAGCCAACGAGAGCGCGCCCGCCAACCUGUGCGGCACCUCGCACGCCAUCGUGGCGCUCAUGGCCAACGUUGGGGGUUUCCUGGCCGGACUGCCGUUCAGCACCAUUGCCAAGCACUACAGCUGGGCCACGGCCUUCUGGGUGGCGGAGCUCACCUGCGCCGCGAGCACCGUGGCCUUCUUCUUGCUGCGGAACAUCCGCACCAAGAUGGGCCGCGUGCCCAAGAAGGCCGACUGAGGAGACGCCGCGGGGUGCAGAGGAAGCCCUGACGCCAACGGGAACGAUGCAAGUGUUUUGAUUACCUGGCCUAGGAGCGUGUUACCUAUUGCUGCAGCCUAGAUAAAAAUGUCUCAAUCUCU